CAAGCCGUCAUCAUUUCAAGAUCUCUAUUAAUUCAUCAGAAGACAUUAUGGAGAAGCGGAACUGAGAACUUGAACAGGAGGAUUUCACGUCAAACCAAAGUCCACUAUCUGAAAUCGAUGAAUGCUUGUGGAUGUGCCGUCAACAAAAUAAACGGGAACACAAAAGCAACAACAACAGUGAAGAAUCAAGCGGAAGCCGACCGAGUCCCUCAUUACGGUUCCAGUGCGUUCUGUGGAAACACCGGCAUUUUAUUUAUGGUCAGCCAUCCGGAAUCGUAUUCAAGCACGUUGUCGAAUCCAAGAAAUAUGUGAUGAUGUGCGGACUUUAGAGAGAGAGAAUUAUAUUGUUGUGAGUGCUACGAAUUCUACAAGAACAAUGUGGGGUGCCCGCAUCUUUUUGCUUGUGUUGUCCUUGAUGGUGCUCGAAAGUGAGGGACUUUUUUUCAACCUCUUCAAGAAGAAUCGGGGAGUCCCAACAAGGAGACCCUCCUAUUAUCCUGGGAAUUCAAACAAUGUAAAGCCUAGUUAUUCCCCUCCCGUGGGACAAUGGCGUCCCAUUCAGCAGAAUCAGAUCCAACCGAGUUACCAUCCUCCAAAAGGGAACUCCUUCUCGAAGUCCAAGAGAAAGUUUAAGUGGGACAUCUUGGGGAUAUUCGGGAGCAAAAAACCGACGUCCAGUGGAUAUCGACCCGCAUAUAAGCCUUUGUACAACUACAACACACCGGGACAUAGACCGGGUCGACCCCAAGGGGGGUAUGGACCUCCUAGUCAAGGCACCAAACCUGGAUAUGCACCUCCUAGUCAAGGCACCAAACCUGGAUACCGACCUCCUAGUCAAGGCACCAAACCUGGAUACCAACCUCCUAGUCAAGGAACCAAUACCGGAUACCAACCUCCUAGUCAAGGAACCAAUACCGGAUAUCAACCCUCUUGCCAAACCACAAAGCCCGGGUAUUUACCUCCACCGGGGCGACCCCAAACCCCUGGAAACUUUCAUCAAGGCAAUCGACCUUCGUAUCCUCAACAGCCAGUUGGAACAACUCGGCCACAAAACGGAUACUUGCCUCCAAAUACUAAUCCUGGGACACAUUUCCCCACCUUUCCUACCCAAGCACCUCCAGUGAUCUUCCCAAGUGAUGACGGCUAUGGAUCUCCUCAAGCAUCGGUCAUUGGCCAACAAUCAAAUCUCGGAAUUUUCCAGAAUAACAACAAUAAUAAUGAUAAUAAUAAUAUUGGUGGCAGUUCUGGCAUUAGUCAACCUGCAUCCACGGGGUACGGUUCCCCGCAAGCUCCAGUUCUUGGACUGGAGUUCCCGACCCAAUCUUUUCUGCCUCCCAAUCAAGGCUUCUCCGUACCCACUAAUGUUCCAUCAACUUUCAACCCUCCUCUGACCUCAAAUACCAAUCCGUCUAGCCAAACAACCACAGGGGUUUUCUUGACUCAGUCCAAUAAUAAUGGCGUUGAUCAAUCUCAAGCUCCAAGUUUAGCCGCUCCUACGCAACCCUCGACCAGGCAGCCAGAUACUGGCUAUGGGUCUCCCUUGGGAUCUGUGAUUGCUUCUGAUGAUUUUGGAUCGUCGGUGAUCACCCCAGAGUUGGCAUUGGACGCCAAUGACGGUGGUGCCUUGCCUUUAGGAUCCAUUGCCAACUCAAUCAACAAUCCACCUUCCCAAACCUUGGCUUUAGAGACUCCUCUUAUUGUGGAAGCAUUGAGAAACAAUGACGCUGAAGGUGGUGAGCCUCUAGCUGAACUGUCUAGUUUUGGUGAUGAAUGGAUCCCGAUGACCAUGGCCAAAAUCAUGGAAAUGUUUUCACUUCCACAAAAAUCAGACGCUCAAACCUCGACCAAAGAAAAUCUUGCGCAAAGCAGGGCCAAUCAAUCUGGUCCCCAAGUGGUCUUGGUUCAAGACACCGUUCGUAAUCCCUUCACUCAAAGUAGCGAGAAACAAGUGACCAAAGGCAGAAAUAAUCUGUCCCAAGUCAUCGUAAAGGUGAACAAGGAGGAAAUUGAAGACGUAGCUACUUUGGAGCCUCCUUACUCCGCCAAGGAGGUUCGUCAAACUGCCACCACCAGUUACACGUCUACCACAACAAUUCCAGCCACUUUAGAGGUAGAAUUGCUUAUUGUUGAAGAUGUGACCCUUGAAGAUGAGGAACAAAAACCUGAUCCACCACCCACUCCCUCUCCUAUGGUGGGAACAACAACCUGGGUUGUCGGCGAAAAUAAAACUAUUGUGGAGCCCACUCCUGGGAAUCCGGAAGAGCCCGAAACAGAAGUUCCCCUUCUGGAGGUCCAGAUUGAAGAAGAAGAAGAGCUGAAUGCAAGAGACGGGAAAUCGAUUGACCCCGAUCGAAUUGGCUUACUGCCUGACAUGACAAACCUUGACAACUCCCAUGAGCGGAAUGCCAUUCAUGACACUGAAAAUGAGAUUCAAAAUUUAAGAGAGUCCUUGAACAAAGUGCCAUAUAGUGCCACAGCAAUGAGUCCAACAGCAUCGCCAACGCCUUCGAGUUUGAAUGCGUUUGUGUCCUUGGCUCUGGACGAGGCGAUCCCAAGAGAAGAGACUACUCCCACUUCCAAACAAGAGCAUCCCAAGUCAAUCCUGGAAAUCCUGCAUGUGAUAGACCAAGAGCCUUUUGAGCGCGAUAAUUUUGUUCGUGAGCAUGAUCAUGAUCUGGAUUUUAGCACUCUGCAAGAUCCAGAGAUGCCAACUAUUGAUUAUGAAUACUACACCGACUUUGCUGACCAUCCCAAUGAUGAAGCAUUGGACCCAGCUACCAUUAGUGACAAUGCCUUCUUCAACGUUCUCCGUGAGGACAAUAACGAUAAAUGGGUGUGGGCGGACCGAGACACCUCAACUAAGCAUGAACCGAAACCAACCACAACAGUCUCCACUACUUCAGCAACAGUAAUGGCAACUACUACUACUACAACUACUACUACUACUACAUCUACUACUACAACUGCUACUACUAAGAUUACCAUUGCUACUACUACAACUACAACAAAGACAACAGUUGUGACAACAAAUACUAUAUCGACAACAACAGUAGCGACAACAACGACUAUCAAACCAACUUCUAUUGUAUCUAGUUCUAGUUCCACUCCAUCCUCUAGUAUCACCACAUCGGAAAGCAAUUCAUCUGAGAACAGCGUUUCACCCACUGAGGCAGUUGAUGAAUCUCCAACCCUGAUCCCAAUGACAGAUAGUCCGGUUAUUUGGGUCUCUGAUCCAGCCGAGGACUUUGGAGAAGAGACCAACUCCAUCCCAGAUGAGAAGAAUUCCCUCACGCGCUCCCUCCAGGCCCAAAUCCAAUCUACUUCAGAGGUCCUGCCUUCACUAGUAGAGGAGAGAGAAGAAGAAAACGUGAUCGACUCCAAGCCAAAUUUGCUUGUGGAUGGUCAAAAAAAUUCCGCCCCAUUGGUUUGGUAUUACCCAAUCCAUGGCAAGCCUUUUAGAUCCUUCAUCCCUUCCGUUAAAUACUCCUCAAUAUCUGGUUAAGUUUUCCAAGUUCUUGUUAUGUUUUGUUGGCAAUAAAAUACCAACACUCAGAUUUCAAUGUUAAUCAAGAGGACUCUGUUUCUGAUUGAAUAAAAUCUUAACUCAGAGAGCGGUAGCACCAAUUGGGUACAAGACGUCAAAGAGAACGGCGCAUGUUCCGCAAACGUAUUGCUCAUCAUUGCCAUCAUUGACACAAGCGGUUCCAGACAAGGGGGUAGAAUCAGUUCCGCAUUGAGGGGUGGAGUUUCUCUUCAAACGAAUGUAACCAUCCUCGCCCCAAGAAGGUCCCCAGGAGUUUCUGACAAUCCAGUAGUCUCCCUCAUCGGGAUCGGUUCCGUAUCCUACCAUUUGCACGGCGUGGUUGAUGACAAUGUUGCUAUCAUAGGGGCACCCAUCGAAGACACCACCGCCAUAGAAUCCCCAGAAGGAAGCAUCAACGGCCACGGCCAAAGGUCCAACGGUAGCCAAAUGGUUCAAGAUGGCAUUGUAGUCGUUACGGGGAAGGAGCUCAUAACCACGGACGGUGACGGCCUUGUUCAUGUCGGAGGAGUCGUCGCAAGAGCCACUAGCUCCGUUGCCUCCAGAUUGGUAGGGCCAGUCAUCCUCGCUCACCAAACCAAACAACUGGACGUAGGUCCAGCCCAAUUGAGGAAUGGAUCCUUGGCAUCCACCGGUUCCGCCGCAUUGGAGCUCAUUGGGAGUGCAAGAAGUGAUCUGUUGGGCGGACAGCUCCAUGAGGCUUCCGUUGUUGAUAGCCACAUAAGAUUCAAUGCUCUCAA